CUGUAGUGUGUGCGUUGGUGGGUCGCGGCAGUCUUACGUCAGUUCCAGAAAUGACAUUCAUGGUGAAGAAGAAAAAGUGCAACAACUGUGCUAAAUUUUGCUAAAAACAGCAUUUUUCUGGUCCUGUGUUGGUGCGCGAAAAAUGGAUAAAAACUUCGAUGGAGACUCCGUGCUCAAUGUUCAGACAAAGCAGAAGGCAUCGGUCAAGUGGUUGCUCUCCAAGGCGUACAACAAUCAAGUCCCGGUCAUCCUGAAGGAACCCUUCUACCGCGAUAAUUCGGGCAUUGAGCAACUUAAGCCGCAAAUCAUCACGGGAUUGGGCAAUGCAUCUCUCUACUGUCAGACCCUCUCGAAUUUGUACUCAGAUCCAAACUAUCAGAACCUCAAUCAUGGCACAAUUCUGCAGAUCCUCAUCCGGAAGUGUGUCCUGCAGCCUGAAAAUUCCGAAACACCACUCACGGAGACAAUUCUCAUUCAGACAAAUCCACUCAAGACGAAAGCACACAUGGCCCUCAUAGAGGCCCUAAUGGCGCUCUAUGUGAAGGAGGUGGGUACAUUUGAGAGGAUUUCGAGUGCUGUGUUGCGAAUUACGGGUCGUUCGCUACCGUCAGAGGGGCAGCCGGGGUAUCAGGAUCCGCUAUUGGCGUGGGUGGGGCAUGUUUGUGGGGCCCUAAAGGUGCGUAUUGAUGCCGAAAGUGGGAAUCAGAGGGUACCGGAGCUGGAACAAUGGUUCGGCAAGGUGCCCUUCCUUGUGGAUUACAACGAUCUAUCAGAUGGGGUUUGCCUGGCAUUCCUCAUCUCCUACUACUGCCCCAAACUCGUGCCCUGGCACACCAUUCGUGUCAACUACAUACCCACAGUGGAGGAUUGCAUCUACAAUAUGCACAUCGUGAGCAGCUUCUGUCAGCAGCACCUGCCAUACUCGGUCUAUCACAUGAUACCCGAAGAUAUUGCCUACAUUAAAGGGACAAUGAAGCAAAAUUUGCAAGUUUUUGUGGCGGAUCUUUUCAAUUUAUUUGAAAUUCAUCUCGUCAAUUGCAUCACUCAUCCCGAUUUUGAAAAGGACAAGUUGGCUUCAAUUAAUGAACACGGGGUCACCCUACGAAGAGGACUAACCAACCACCCAACAGUAAUCACGAUUCCUGAUUUGAGAAGCAACUUAGAGUCUGCUUUUAUCACAACGACCACAAAACCGCAUUCUUCUUCAGGCUCUCGAAUAGCAUUGUCUCCUCCAUUGGCGAGACAAUCAUCGAAGACUGAUACGGAUUCUCUUGACAGUGCCUAUGUUGUUCAUCGAAGUCGCCCCGUGCCCACGUUGACAUCGAUUCACCACGAAGCGAGUCCACCGCCACCCUCAUCGGCGGACAGGAUGUCCAGCCAUGGGCAUGGUGGUGAGGAGAGGCAUAGUAUGGAUCAUGCCGUAGCAGCUGGUCGUCCGAGUAAUUGGGAUGAGCAUCGGAAGCAAUCAUUUGCGGGACGUCGAUCACGCAGGAAUUCCCUUUCGGAUGAUUCCCAGUUGACAAUUGAGAAUUUCGGCGGAUCCCAGGAGCACCUGAAUAACUUUUUUCGUGCCGACCGGGAGCAGCAGCAGCACCGUGCGAGUCCGGGUUCAUCAAUUGGGGAACCCGCUGUACCCGUACGGUGUUCCCUUCAGGAUGCCCGUGGUACAUUCCAACUUGGCUACGAUGCGGAUGAUGUGGCACCAGCCCCGGUGGUGCGGGAGGAGAUACGACGGAGUAAUAGUGUUAAGGCUACGCCCACGGAGAGGAUUGUGUACAAGGAUAUCCAAUUUUCGCCUGAGACGCGUUUUGCGGUGCAGAAGAAUAAGAUAAAUAGUUUCUUCAUUAAUAAUGCCGCAGCGGAGAAUAAUGGUGGUACAACGACAACGUGGCAGCAGCAGAAGACGCAAUGGCAACAGAUGGAGGAGUCCCGGAAUGAUGGACCAGCCGAUGAUGGGAUUGACGAUAGGAAGUUGUCGUCAAUUCGAUCGUUAAUGGAGGAGAAGAGGCGACAUAUUGAGACGGAGAAGCGCAAAAUGGAGAUGUCGUUGUCGCAGCAGCACAAAAAACUCGGAGAAGUGGCGUACAUUCAGACACAAUUUCGCAAAGAGAAUAGCGCCCCGGUGCGACCAGCAUGUUCCCCACCACCACCACCACUUCCGGUUGUAGCUCCGCCAGUGUCAAAUGUGCCAAAUGACGAUAUGAUGGCGCCGCAGAAUAUCUCCUUUCUCGGGGAUGAGGAGGAGCACGAGGAGAAUCAUGUGAUGCGUCAUCGAUCACCCCGGGAACCCUUUACCCUUGUCCAGGCACGCGAGAAGCCCGAGGAGUUCUACCUCACGAAGGUCAAUGUGUCCAAUGGGAAUCAAACUUACCGCUUGCCAACACCCGGACGUACAAGUAUUACGUCACAGACUUUUGCAGAUCAUCGGCAGCAGCAGCAGCAGCAGCAUCAACAACAUCAGCAGCAACAGGUGGAGAAGAGUGGACAAGAGACGGGAUUCUUCAUUGGAUUCGACACAAAUCAACCAAUAAAGCCCAAACCAAUGCUCCGGACGAGUCAUCCGGAACUGAGGCGGGCAGAGCGUGUGCCGCAACCACGUCAAUCGCCCCAGACACCACCUCAGCCUGCCCAGAGACGUGAUGUGGAGAUGAGGAAGCAACAUGUGGAGCAAAGAUUUGCGGAAGAACCACAAAUUACUCCCUCAUCAGCUCCUGUGUUGCACCGUGAGAGUCCCAAUGUUUCCCGGAAGGGUGAAUCUCUCCUCCUUGCCCUCGAUGAUAGCCCCCGUACGGAUACGAGUGUCCUCGAUGAGAUGGAGCGGAAGAAGGAGAAGAUAAUGUUGCUGUCCCUCAAGAGGCGUGAACAGCAGGAAGAGGUGAAGGCACGCAAGGAGCUUGAGGCAAUGCGACGACGUGAAAGGGAAGCAGAGAAGGAGGCGGAAAAGGCGCGAAAGAAGGAAGAGAUGGCCAGCAGGAGGCAGCAUAUUUUUGAGGCGUACAAACUCAAGAAAUCCCUCGAAGAGGCCGAACGUGAGGGUAAAAGUCUCGACAAGGCUGAACUCUUCUUGGCAACAAAGCAGAAAUCCGUGGCAAAGAGAACGACGCAAAUGGCGAGGCCACGGCCAAAGACCAUCCACAUUGAAUCGGGCAGUAUUGAUAUGAAUCACAUUCACGGGAGACCACGCAAAGAGCACAGUAUGGACAUUGAUUCGGGCACGGGGAGUAGUUCGAGUAUGAAGAGGGAUUUCUCAAGGGAUCAGGAUUCAGCAGGAAAGAGUAGUCUGGGGAAGCAGAGUCCUGUCUCCCGGACAUCGUCAUCCGUUUCAUCGGGUGUGGCGAGUUUCCGUGGCAGAAAAUCCAAUUCUCUCAUGAAUUUAUCCGAUUCCAGUGGGAAUUUGUAUCGGCCAGUAGCUCCAAGGAGGGCUCAAUCGCCGAUGGGACGUCACAUUACGUCACCUUCGGGUCCGGGAUCACUGCCACCGGGACUUGUGACGAAGCGUCGUGGCUUUGACGAUGGUGCCAGUGAUAUUUCGUCAACGCCAAGCUCCAUUCUCGAAUACUCAGGUCCAAAGCUGUACAAGCAGCCAACAGCCAAAUCAAAUCGUGGCAUAAUUCUCAAUGCCGUGGAGUAUUGUGUAUUUCCGGGGACGGUAAAUCGGGAUGCAAAGCAAAAGUUGCUGGAGAAGAUUGCACGUUCCGAGGCGAAGCACUUUCUUAUUCUCUUCAGAGAUGCCGGAUGCCAAUUUCGUGCACUCUACAGCUUCUACCCUGAGAGUGAUAGCAUAAUUAAAUUGUGCGGUACGGGACCUAGUCAAGUGGAUGAUGUCAUGUUCGAUAAGUUUUACAAAUACAAUUCGGGAAGCAAAAGUUUCUCACAAAUCCAUACGAAACAUUUAACUGUAACAAUAGACGCUUUCACGAUCCACAAUGCCCUGUGGAUGGGUAAGAAGGUGAAUUUGCUGAACAAGAAGGACAUGGUUCUUGUUGUCUAGAAGCACAGCUACACUGUGUCCUCAUUGAAUGCGCACCAUGAAGAAGAAGAAGUAAAGAAGGAAAAAAAAAACAGAACUGAGAGUGAAGUUUAAAGCUUUUUUUCUGCAAAUUUAAACGUGGUAAGUUUCUCAGAGAAACGGUGUCGUUUCUUCUUUUCUUUUUAACUCGAUCACCCAAAAUAAAACAAAGAAGGAAGAAGUUAAAAUUCUUCUUAUUCUAAUGUUUUUAUUGGAUUUAAAAAAAUAAAAAUAAAAAUAUUAUAACAUUAAAAUGUUGAAUGUGCGAGAGAUUGAAUGAAAAACAUUUUUUUUCUUAUUUUUCUUUCAACUCUUCUCUCAAUUCUUUUUUAAAAUUUCUUUUAAAGACAAAAAUAGAAAGAAAAAAAAAAUAAAUAGAGAGAGAAGAGUAACGUCCUAAAGAUUUUAUUUUGUAAAGAAAACUUCUUUUCAAAGAGAAAGAAAAUCAUGAGAAAUGGGGAGCAUAGAAAGAGAUAUUUUUUGCAAUAUUUAGAAGAAAAUAAUAAAAAAAUCUUACAUAGAAAAAUGAGCCAAGAAAUAAAUCGUAGAAAGAAUAAUGUUAAAAACUUUUACAAAAAAAAAUUCUCGAGUUAAAAAUUAUUCAAGAAAAAAAAAAGAAAAAUUAAAUGAGAAACAUUUUUUCUACCUUUUUUUAGCAA